AUGACUCAAGUAGCCGUUGUCUUGGUUCGUCCAUCACUUUACAAGGUUGGCGCAAACCCUUCUGCCUCCAUGGCGGCAUUGAUGCAGUCCACCAACGAGCCUGUUGCCGUGUCUAACCCCAUCACUGGUCCCUCUCACUCCAUUACGACUUCCGAUCCCAUCUCUUUUCUCAAACCACCAUCCAAACCCGAAUCCAAUCUAAGCUCCAUCGCCAGCGCCGGUCUUCACGUCUCCCGAUCUCAACCCCCCCAGAUGACGAGUCCCUCAUCGGCGCCGGACCGGCCGGUUGACCAUGACAGAGACUCGGAGCGAAAUAAUUCCCAGGUUGCGCGAGAAGCAUUGGGGGCUAGCGAAAAGUCACCGGCCCCGUCAAUCCAAGAUCCUCAAAUUCACGCAUCUCCGGAACAGAUGCAAGUAGAAGCCCACCACGAUACACCAGACCCCUACGGUUCCGCCGACCACCAGAAUUCACUCAUACACUCCUCAACGGUCGCAAGUCCCGGCCCGAUUGAGGAGUCGGCUUCGCAAGAUGGCGACCGCCACCGCCAACGGGCAGACUCGGAUAUUGACCAGGAUAGCAACAAAGCCUUCUCAUACCCUAUGCCUACAGGAGGGAUCAAUGACCCUCGGCGCGGUCUGAGCUUGCCGAACGCGGGCUACAAUCGAGGUAGCCCGCGCUCACCAUCAGCAAAGAAACAUCGCUGCCCCUAUUGCGCUACCGAAUUCACCCGCCAACACAACCUGAAGAGCCAUCUCCUCACCCAUAGCCAAGAAAAGCCAUUCGUCUGUCAAACCUGCCAGUCCCGGUUCCGUAGACUGCACGACCUGAAACGACACACCAAGCUGCACACCGGCGAACGACCCCAUCUCUGCCCCAAGUGUGGACGGCGGUUUGCUCGAGGCGACGCGCUUGCGCGACACAACAAAGGUCAAGGUGGAUGUGCGGGUCGACGAUCUAGCAUGGGAAGCUUUGCGCCGGAUGACGAAUACGAUGGUCACCACCACGACGGUAUGGAUGGCCUGGUCUACGCGGAACCGGAGGCCAUGGAUGGGGAGGAAGAGCGACGACUGAGCACUCAGGGCAUGCGCAAGCAUGACGAUACCCUUCCCCGAUCCGACUCUUUAAAUUCCGCGCGUCAAUCUAAUACCUACCCGCCGAUCGCAGCGAGCCGUGGAGGCCUAUUUCCCCCACCUGGUACGCACAGUGGAUCUGGAUCAGCGUCUGCUGUAACUUCCCAAGCGGGGAAUCUGACAUUCCCCCCUGCAGGUCACCCCUCCGGCUCCUCUCUAUUCACCGCCGGCUCUCUCACCGAGAGCUCCAAACCUUUAUCUCCUAAUGCGCUAUCCCAUCACGACUCAGCUGCAUCUUCGCACCGCGGACACUCACCAAGCAUGGGCCAGUCCUUGCCUCACCCGGCACCUUUUGGACGAGGGAGCUUGUCAGCGCCCAAUCAUACACACGGGUUGGCAUUGCCACAACCAGGUGCUCAGCUUCCUCCCCCAGUAGUCAGCUCACCAGAAGCUCGCUUUGGGCUACAGGCCAAUAAGCACACAUCGACACACUCUGGCAAUCAUGGCCUACCUGCCCCGAAAGUUGGGUCAGACGGGUCCGAUGGGGAUACAAAUCAGAUCGACAAGCUUUGGGCGUACGUACGUUCCAUGCAUGAGGAGUUGACGGGAUUGCGAAGUGAAGUCGCCUCACUGCGCGCACAUAUUGCCUCCAACCCAUCAACAGCAGUGGGAGAUGCGAACCACAAUUCCAUUCCCCGGUAG